GAGAAACUUGGAGACCUUGAAGAGAGCAUCACAAGCCAUGGGGAGAGACUGCAAGUCCUGGCAAAUAAGACUCGUGAAUUCCGACAAGCAGGACACUUCCUGGCAGAUGAAAUAGAAGACAGAGUUAGAAUUCUAGUUCACAGAUACAAAAGCCUUAACGAGCCUCUACAAGAGUGCAGAGCAGCUCUGGAAAGCAAGAAGUUACUUGAUCAGUUUUUCCAGGACAUCGAUGAUGAGCUAACAUGGAUACAAGAAAAGAUGCCUCUGGCCUCCUCCAAGGAGUGUGGACAGUCACUGACUACUGCACAAGCAUUGCUGGAGAAACACCAGAAUUUAGAAAAU